CACCAAGAAUUCAAGAAAGGCAAGAGCAGAGGUGAGCAGCGAUCCUCCAAUGGCGGCUGCAAGGAGAGUGGUCUUGUUCCCCAGCCUCGGCGUGGGCCAUCUCGCCCCCAUGCUGGAGCUCGCCGCGGUUUGCAUCCGCCACGGCCUCGCCGUCACGGUCGCCGUCCCUGACCCGGCCACCACCGCCCCCGCCUUCUCCGCCGCGCUCCGCAAGUACGCAUCCCGCCUCCCCUCCCUCUCCGUCCAUCCACUCCCUCCUCCUCCUCAUCCUCCUGCCUCCUCCGGCGCCGAUGCCGCCGCUCACCCGCUCCUCCGUAUGCUCGCCGUCCUCCGCGCCCACGCGCCCGCCCUCGGGGACCUGCUGCGUGGCCCCCAUGCCGCUCGGGCGCUCGUGGCCGACAUGUUCUCCGUCUACGCCCUCGACGUCGCCGCCGAGCUCGGCGUCCCCGGGUACCUCCUCUUCUGCACCGGCGCCACCAACCUCGCCGUUUUCCUCCGUUUGCCACGGUUUUGCGCCGGGAGCAGCGGAAGCUUGAGGGAGCUCGGCGACGCGCCCGUGUCGUUUCCCGGCGUGCGCCCGCUGCCGGCGUCGCACUUGCCCGAGGAGGUGCUCGACCGUGGGACGGACAUAAGCGCGGCCAUGCUGGACGCGUUCGACCGGAUGGCGGACGCGCGCGGCAUUCUGGUGAACACCUUCGACGCGCUGGAGGGUCCCGGGGUGGCGGCGCUGAGGGACGGCCGCUGCCUCUCCAACCGCGCCACGCCGCCGGUCUACUGCGUCGGGCCAUUGAUCACCGACGGCGGCGCGGAGGAGGAGAGGCACCCGUGCCUCGCUUGGCUGGACGCGCAGCCGGAGCGCAGCGUCGUGUUCCUCUGCUUCGGGAGCCGCGGCGCGCUCUCGCCGGAGCAGGUCAGCGAGAUGGCCACGGGCCUCGAGAGGUCCGAGCAGAGAUUCUUGUGGGCGCUGCGCGCGCCCGCGGGCACGAAGCCGGACGCCGCGAUGUCUCUUCUUCCUGACGGAUUCUUGGCGCGGACAGCCGACAGAGGCGUCGUGGUGACCGCGUCCUGGGUGCCGCAGGUGGCGGUGCUGCAGCACGCAUCCACGGGCGCAUUCGUGACGCACUGUGGAUGGAACUCGACGCUGGAGGCUGUCGCAGCCGGCGUUCCAAUGGUGUGCUGGCCGCUCGACGCGGAGCAGUGGAUGAACAAGGUGUUCAUCGUGGAGGAGAUGAAGAUUGGCAUCGAGGUCAGAGGGUAUAAACCCGGGGCACUUGUCCAGGCCGACAUCGUCGAUGCCAUCUUGAGGCGGAUCAUGGAAUCGGAUGCGCAGCAGGGAGUCCUGGAGCGGGUCAUGGCGAUGAAGGAGAGCGCAGCGGCAGCAUGGAAGGAAGGGGGAUCAUCGUGCACUGCAUUCGCUGAAUUUCUCAAGGACAUGGAGGAGGGGAAUGUUGCCAUGGCGCAUUCCAAUCAGGUUGAAACUUGAAUUUCUUCCUGAGCAUGGCUCUUGACCUUUGCAUUUGUCUUCCAUCAAUUAGGAUCCAUAGAAAAUUGUCCAAACCCAUCUGCAAGCACCACAGUUGGUCAAAUGCUUGUUUAUGAUAAGCUUAAGUUCAAAUGAAAUUCACUGACCCCAAAUAUGUGAUGACAGGUCUCUUACUUGUUAGAAAUUCAAGCUUUUCAAUUUCGUA